AUUUUCAUUUGUAGCACGCUCGCGAGUGGACGUGUCGCAGUUUCCCCAGUUCUUUCGCUAUAUAGCACAAAUACCUAUAUAUAGUAUAUGCAUAUAUCUGCCUUACAAAUAUAUAUAUCGAAUAUAUAUAGAGGAUCAUACACCUGCCGUGCAGCGCGUAGGGUGCCAAAAGCACCAGUGCGAGUAUCGAAGCAGGAUUAAAGAAAGUGUUUGUGCCCCUUCCAAGAAAAACUCGACUCAUCUCGAAUCGACUCGAGUCGCAACUCGUGCAACUGAACGUGCCGCGGAGGCAUGCGAAUAAGUGUGCUAAAGUUAACCAAAUUCAAAUUGUCGAAUUGCAGUGUUGCCCCCAACCAACACAGUUAACAGCGACGCAACAGGGCCCCAACGGGCGCCUCGGAUAAACAACAGGAACAGGAAGUCGAAACAGAGCGGAAGAAGCAAAACAACGACAGCUACUUGAACCAUGGAACAAUUCGAACAGUUGUUGACGUGCUGCGUCUGCCUGGACAGGUAUCGCAUACCGAAGCUGCUGCCAUGCCAGCACUCCUUCUGCAUGGAGCCCUGCAUGGAGGGAUUGGUCGACUAUGUGCGACGUCAGGUCAAAUGCCCCGAGUGCCGUGCCGAACAUCGUAUACCCUACAAUGGAGUGCAGGCCUUUCCCACCAACGUUACGCUUCAGCGUUUUCUGGAGCUGCAUAUUGAAAUUACCGGCGAGUUACCGGAUCCCACCUCAGGUCAAAUCAUGGAACGCUGCGGCGUUUGCUCCGAGAAGGCCUAUCUCUCACACUGUGCUCACUGCGAGAAGAAGAUCUGCGAGGACUGCAAGAGCGCCCACAUGGACAUACUGCGUCGAGAGAUUACCCGCUUCAACUCACAGAUUCGUCGCAGUUUGCAUAGGCUGCAGGACUCGUUGGCCAUCAUCGAGAAAAACACGAUGAGUCUCCAAACGAAUGCGAUAAGCGUGACAGAGGAAAUCGACGAGAUCUACAGACGAAUCACCAAGGCCAUCAAGGAUAGAUCCGAUCAGCUGAAAGGUGAGAUCGAUCGCUACUUGGCCGUGGAGCUACGUAAUCUGAUGACGCUCAAGGAGAACUUGGACCUGGAGAUAACCAACAUCACCAGCAACUGUGACAUCGUGGACAAAUACAUGAACGAGACCGUCGAAUGGGAUGACUGCGAACUGAUGGACACCAAGGAGAUCUUCUUGAAGACCGUCGAGUUCCUUCGGCACUUUGAGUAUGAGAACAACGACUACAGUCGCCGUGUGCGCUUCCUCGUCUCCAUUGAUCCCAACCAGCUGGUCAUGAAUUUGGCCACUUUUGGUGAUCUCAACAUAGCGCCACACUCAACGCCCGGUGGCUCCGUGAGCAGCUCACAUCUGGCACCACCAACCACCUUGCAACCCGGUUUGAUGCGCUCCAAGAGUGAUCAUCGCCUGGCCACACAGUUCCGUCAACAGGAGGAACGUGGUGGCUAUAACGAUGAGCCCGUGCUGGGCGGUCGCAAGUUCGGUGAGCGACCACAGCGCAUUGCCAAAGAUAACAACAACAGCGAUCGCUAUGGCGAUCGUUACGGACGCUCUGAGUACGAUUACGACAACGACUACGAGAACGAGCCGGCAAGUCGUGCUGGCAAAUCGUCACGUUUCCGUUCGCGCUUUGUGCGCUCCCAUCAGAAUGAGGACUCGGACAGCGAGCAGCAACAGCAGCAGCGUCAGCAAGAGAUCGAGAAGCGCAAGGAUCGUGUGCUCGACAGCGAGGAUGUUUCGCGCGGUCAGCUAAGUGGCAUCAUUCGCCUCAGCGACUGCUCACGCGUGGUGCAGCGACUCGCGGACAUUGGCAAGGAGAAGAAGGAGAAGAAAUCCGAUGCCGCAGUUGCAGCUCAAGCCGCCGUUCAAGCAGCCAUCCAGGCCCAGAAGGCAGCAAUGCAGCGACAGCAGCAAAAGAAUCAACAAUCCGCCGCAGCCGCCGACGAGGAUGAGUUGGCGCGUCAAAAGCGCAAGACUGGCACAUCGAGUGGUGCGGCAAGCUCAACGACAACGGACUCCAGCAGCGAGCAGCGUCCCAACACGGAGCGUGUGACGGCACUGAAGCGUGGCGGACAGGGAGGCAGCGAGGAGAGCGAUGGCGGCAGCAGUAAUCAGCAGGCGGCGGCUUCUCCAGUGCGUAGUGCGGCGACGACAGCACGAGCCGAGGCUGACAGCGCCACAGACUCUGAUGCAACUCCUACUCCUACCCAACAGUCCAAACCGGCCGUCUCCGCCCAGGUGGCAGCGGUAAAGAAGACCCAACGCUCCGGCAGCAGCGACAGCAGCGCUUCCACCGAAAGCUCUGCCAGCUCAGCGGCCGCAGCGGCAGCAGCAGCUGCCAGUGCAGCGCCUAGCAGCAGCAGCAGUGCACAACAGAAGGCAGCGAGCACAGCGCGUUACUCGACGACACGCGAGUCAACAGCUGCGGCGACAGCGACGCCCGAGAAGAAACCGUUUGUAAGUCGCUUCUUGCCGCAGCACAGCACGCCGGCAACUACGACGAAUGGUGCAGACAGCAAGAAGAAGGCCGCCGAGUCCGAGUCGAGCACCGAGGAGGAGACAAGCUCCGAAUCGGAGUCCGAGUCGGAGGCGGAGAGCAAGCCCAAGACGAGUGCGGCAACCAGCAGCAGCAGUGCCACCAAAUCGACGCCCAGCAGUGCAGCCAGCUCCACAACAGCAGCCACCACAUCGGGCAGCUCGUAUCGGGAUCGCUUGGAGGCACGACGUGCUUCGCGAGACGACACCGCUGCCACAUCACGCAGCAGCUAUGCCACACCUAGCUCUACUAGCAGCAGCGGUUACGGUGGCAGCAGCAGCAGCAGCAGCGCGACACGCACUCGACCUGUGCCUGCUCCGCAUCAUCUGAGCGAGAACGAGGAUCGCUAUGGCAGCGGCAGCGGCAGCAGCAGCGCACUGCCCCUUAGCAUACCGUACAUAAGUAGACCCUACCGGGCCCGCUACCGAAAGCGACUUGCGGAUGUUACACGUCAAAUUAAAUAAAUAGAUGCAGAGAUGCCCCUCAAAACUCUUUCCCCCAUUUUUCUCCGCUUGUUUUUUUUUUGUGUGAUGUUUUCAUAUUUGUUGUGCCCAUUAAAUGUGCAACUGCAUUCACCGAAAUUGACUAUUUAUUCAAUUCUCCAGUCAGCCAUUAUGCCAUACUUCAAUCAGCCCCAUUCAUUAAAAUCCAUUCGAAAGUUAACAAGAAACUAACAAGCGCACCGCAUACAAAGUUGGGUUGCCCAAGCAUCAGAGCUCAGACAAUGACAAAGGCUUUCACUUAACCCCAGGAGGCACAACAAAACAUUUGAGAAUGCGAAAAUAGAAUACGAAGAAAAAGACAAAUAGACUAAAUUAUUAUAAAUUUUAUAAUAAUAUAUAUUAACGCUGACAUUGUUUCGUUUGUGCUUUUUACUUUGAGCACAUUAAAUAAAAGAGAAUUUAUAUGGCUUUGUGUAGCUGCGAUUUUUCGCAGAAUCCAGCGGGAUUCCUGUGAAUUUAUGUGUGCUGGCUGACAUUUUUGAACAGUCAAAAGAAAUGUUCUUCUUAAAUUUCAUGUCAUGAGGCACAUUCAGAUUGUGUAGCAAGGGGUUAAAGCAAGAAAGUGAGGCAGCAAGUCAACUAGAACUUGAAAUAAGUUGACGCACAUGCCACUGAGCUGCUGUUGCUGUUGCUGAGGCUGGAAGUUAGAGAUGAUGGCGUUGCUGAAAGCACCACUCAGUGGCUUGAAAGCAACUUCAAUUCAAUUCACACAGCUGAGGAAGCAAAAGCAGCAGCAGCACUUCAGUGACCUUUCGAAUGCGAAGCAAAAGGGUUCAACGACGUUCUGUCCUGUCCUGUCUUUGUCAUUGUGUUUUUGUCUGUACUUUUCCUAAUUUACUACAGCGUCAAUAAUAUAUUUAUUGAAGCCUUUCGGUCAGUUUGGGUACAAAUUUCUCGAUAAUAUAAUUAAAACUUGAUGCCAUCAAGAAGUGCCAGCCAGCUGUUGUUCUUAGCGAAGCAAUUGUUCAAAUAUUAUGAGCUGUGAUUUGCCAUUGUUUUUUUGGUGCGCUUAAAGCGACAUUCUCGACGUAACAAUAAAAUAUGCUCAAGUGAGCUUAUGUAUAUAUAUAUAUAGUAUAUAGAGUAUGUGAGGAAUUUGGUUUCGCAGCUUGCCCGCAUUUCAUUGGUUUUUUUGUUUUUUGUUGCCAUCGCAUUGAUUGCAUGCCAUUGAAUGCUGCAGCAGCAGUUUUCUGAUUCUGAUUUUAUACAGUGUUUCCUUUUUUUCCUGUUAUUUGUUAACUUGUAAACAAGUGCGAAGCAAUUAACCAACUCAAACAUACCACGAGAAUCAGUUGUUUCGCAUCCAUUUCACCAUCUCACCAUUUCAACCAUUUUUUGUGCCUCUUGUUUGUUUCAUUGUUUUGGUCGAACUGCAAGGGCAUAUUGAAUGUAAUCGAUGAGCAAUGCAAAAAAAAGUAAAAACAGAGUCAACAAAAAACCCAUUGCUUACUUUUAUGCGCUGUCGCACAGAAUACUCGUCACAGCAGCUGUUGAUGUGACAGCCACAUCAACAGCAACAGCCACAGCUACAGCUUCAGUAUAAUACUCAACUAAUGAGCUUUUUGUGUGUUCUUUUUUACAGUAUUUUUUGAGUAGCAUUAAAUAGUAUGAUAAGUGUAUCCUUUUUGUUGUUGCUUUACUUGUAAUAAACUGUUGUAUUCGUAGUUGCUAUCUAUACUUUCUGUAAUUUGCUGUGUUGCUUUGCCAAUCAAACUACCAAACUACCAAACUACCAAAACUACCUUGUACCCUUUUGUAUCCUUGUAUCUAUCCACCUAUCCUGCCAAGCUGUCGCCAAUUGGCGACAUAAUUUCUCGUACUUAACUUUCUUGCUACUUUUGUAUAACUUUUCGAUAAUGUGAAAUGUGAAUUUAAUUAGAAACUUUUGCGAGCGCAUUGUUGGUUCCGUCAAUUUUUUUUUUUGUUCGUUUUCGUUUUGUAUUUUAAUUGAAUUUGGUUGCCUAAUAAAUGAGCCAAAAAGCACAAAGAGAACCAGGGUUGUAGGAGCAUAUCGAGUUGUAGACGAACCCCGAACCCGAACCCGAACCCGACAUCGACUUCACUCUUACUCUUUACUUUAACUGCGACCCGAACUUGAACUCGUUACACAGAUUUAAGCUAGUUAAAAGUUAGUUCAUUAAGCGGUCGCGGAUUUGCCGAAAUGUGAGGGGCUUACAAAGUUUUGAGCCAGGUGCGAGGCAACACACACAGAACACCGUAUAAAACCGAAUACCGAACAGCGAACAGCGAACACCGAACAACACUCAACACUGAACACAACACUGGCAAGGCAACAGCUACAACAGCAACAUCGAUAACAACAACAACAACAACAACACCAACAAUGCAAAUACAGCAAAAAAGCAACAACAAAUCGCAAUAGAGAAUAUAGAAAUGUUAAAAGCAAAAUAGACAAAAAAAAACCAAAAA